AUCAUCCCACUGUUUCCCCCCUUUCCCACCAAUUUCUUCCAGCUUUUGGGCCUUUGCAAACCCAUUUGAAUCUUUCAACAUAAAAUUAAAUUAGGGUUUAUAGAAGAUUUAUGAUCAUUACCAAACACAAAAGAGAUAUAAACUUAGUGCUUCAAUUAGGAGCAGCUCUUACUGUGUCCUUUGCCGCAUUUCUCUUUUCUCGAUUUAGAAAGAAAACAAAAAGAAUUGGACCUACUUUGCCUCCUCUUCGACCUCAAUCUUCUGAUAAUGGAUACAGAGAUUGUUCUAAUCAAUCCAUUGAUAGAGGAGAUGCGGGCACGCAGAAUACUGAUGAAGAGACUUUGAUCGGUUUUUCGCCACGAAGGGAAUGUGAUCUUGAUGAAGAAGAUGUGUUUCUUUUACCGGAGUUCGAAGAGGAAGCUAAAAAGUUAGAUUUGUUGGUUUGUGAUGAGUGUGAAACACCGAGGUCGGAUAUAACUGCUCCUUUAGCAUUUCCGAGCGAAGAGGAAGCUGAUCAUGAGAAUGAGAUUAAACGGUUGAGAAACACGGUGAGAGCGCUGCGUGAGAGAGAGAGAUGUCUUGAGGAUAAGUUGUUGGAAUACUACAGCCUUAAGGAGCAGCAAAAGAUUGCAAUGGAACUGAGAAGUAGAUUGAAACUAAACCAGAUGGAGACUAAAGUUUUCAAUUUUAAGAUCAAGUCGUUGCAAGCCGAGAACGAGAAGCUUAAGGCUCAAUGUUCUGAGCAUUCGAAAGUUGUGUUGGAGCUGGAAAAGGCUAAGUCAGAGGUUCAAGUGCUUAAGAAGAAACUGAACAUCAAUACCCAACAACACGUAGCGCAGAUCUUGUCACUUAAACAACGAGUGGCGAAGCUGCAAGAAGAAGAAAUCAAGGCUGUUUUACCUGAUCUGGAAGCUGAUAAGAUGAUGCAGAGGUUAAGGGAUUUGGAAGGGGAGAUCAACGCGCUUACGGAUUCCAACAUGAGAUUACAGUUUGAGAAUUUUGAACUUUCUGAGAAGCUGGAGUCUGUUCAAAUCAUAGCAAAUUCAAAGCUUGAGGACCCUGAAGAGAUUGAGACAUUACGCGAAGAAUGUAACCGACUGAAGAGUGAAAAUGAAGAGUUAAAGAAGGAAGUCGAGCAGCUUCAAGAUGAUCGAUGCACUGACCUCGAGCAGCUCGUUUAUCUCAGAUGGAUAAAUGCUUGCUUAAGAUAUGAGCUACGGACUUAUCAGCCUCCGGCGGGUAAAACCGUUGCUAGGGAUCUUAGUACUACUCUAAGUCCCAAAUCAGAAGAGAAAGCUAAACAGCUGAUCCUCGAGUACGCACAUAGCGAAGGGCACGAGGAAGAUAAUACCGAUUAUGAUCGAUGGUCAUCUUCGCAGGAAGAGUCAUCAAUGAUCACUGACUCAAUGUUUUUAGAUGAUUCUUCUGUCGACACUUUGUUUGCGACGAAAACAAAAAAGUCAGGAAAGAAGAAGCUGAUGCAUAAGUUAAUGAAGAUCUUACACGGUAAAGAUACUCAAGACCGCAAGAAGAGAGCUGGUUCAUCGGAACCGAGCAGCUCAAGCACAGGUGUUCAUUCAACUCCUAGGAAGCUUAGAUCAACGCAUUCAAUGGACUUCCAAAUGUUGAUGCGUGGGAAAGACGAAGAAGAAGACUUCAAGAAUCACAUCGGGAUGCUGCGUCGAAAGAGCGAAGCAGCGGGUUCUUCCACCUAUGGAGAAGAACACUGUUUAGAAUCAGAUCAAAACGGGAAGAAAGAGCUGAUUAAAUUCGCAGAUGCGCUUACGAAAUCUCGUUCCACAAAGAAACUGCAUAAGAAAUCUGUGUCGUUCUUUUUCUGAAAGUAAGUAGAAACACUUAACUUACUUGUAACUGUAACACGCAUUGCCUAAAGCUACAGAUAUGUGUGUAUAAUAGAUAUAGCUCAAAGUUUGUAAAUUUGUGAACCAAAACAUAAGAUUAGUGUGGCGAGAAAGUUUGGGAGAUAUCAUCACUUGCUGAGUGAGAAGCAUUGGACAAUGGCUUAAUCUUAGGAGAAAAUAAGAACUUUUAACAUAG